UAUACUUUUAAUCUGAUCAAACCUUGACCUGUAGGCCUCAAAGUGUCUACAAACAGUAGGAAUAAAGAAAGCUUAGCAACACACUCUAUGGUCAGUCAGCAUUGAUUCAUCAAAUAUCUAGUUUUUCCUUUAUAUCAGUAUAUAUCUGCAUUAUUACCAUGUUCAAAGAUCAUUAAAGAAAUCACACUGCAGGGCAGGCUAUCCUCUAUUAAAUCUGUUAUUUAGGCUAUAAAUCGAAGAGACCUAGCCUAUAGGCCAAUGAAAUCGUAACCCCCCUACAAUUUUGAAGAAAACAAAAAACAAAAAAAAACUAAAAAACUUCGAACAAAAGCGGCCUUUGAGUAAAACCAUAGGUGACCAAAAAAGAUCCCCUCGCCCUCGUGACGCACACGCUGCGCUUUUUCCAUGUGUCUGCGUGGAGUUGACAACCUGAUUAGUUCCUAGAGCCCCCUCCUCUUUUUUCGCAGGAGUUAAAUAGGAAAUCACGUAGCUUGUCAGACCGAGUUCGAGCUGUGAGAGCCCACCUGACCCACUCCAAUCGGAGAUUUUCCCUCGUCAAAGCAAACCAAAUUUGAGAAACGCAGCUGUACUUUAUCAUGUACAAACUUGAAGGGCCACGAAGAGGAAGAUCUUUCGACUCGAUGAAUAUUGGCUUUGAUGAAAAGUUCCUAAACAAUGAGAUAAACAAAUCUACCUUUUCAAAAAUUGAAGAAAACAGUGAAAAGAAGAAUACAUCUGAAAAGGGAAGAGCCACAAUAAUCUUCUCCUUGAAGAACGAAGUUGGAGGACUGGUCAAGGCACUUAAACUUUUCCAAGAAAACCAUGUCAACCUUGUCCACAUAGAGUCCAGGAAAUCAAAGAGACGCAACUCAGAAUUUGAAAUCUUUGUUGACUGUGACAGCAAUAACGGACAACUGAACGAAAUCAUUCAGUUACUUCGAAACCAUGUAAAUGUGGUUGAUAUGGAGCCUCCUGAUAACUCCUGCUUGCCUGAAGAAGGAACAUAUAAUGUGCCCUGGUUUCCAAAGAAAAUUUCAGACUUGGACAAAUGUGCAAAUCGUGUCCUAAUGUAUGGAUCAGAGUUGGACGCAGACCAUCCAGGUUUCAAGGACAAUGUUUACAGAAAGAGGAGAAAAUACUUUGCUGAUCUUGCUAUGUCAUACAAACAUGGGGAUCCCAUUCCAUCUAUUGAAUUCACAGAAGAGGAGGUUAAAACUUGGGGAGUUGUUUACAGGGAGUUAAACAAAUUGUACCCCACUCACGCCUGUAGAGAAUAUUUAAAGAAUUUGCCACUUCUAUCCAAAUACUGUGAAUGCCGAGAAGACAACAUCCCUCAGCUGGAAGACGUGUCGCGAUUUCUGAAAGAGCGCACAGGAUUCACUAUCAGGCCUGUAGCCGGUUAUCUAUCACCUCGGGACUUUCUUGCAGGUUUAGCUUUCCGGGUUUUUCAUUGCACUCAGUAUGUGCGCCACAGUUCAGACCCUUUAUACACUCCUGAACCGGACACAUGCCAUGAGUUGCUAGGUCAUGUGCCACUGCUGGCUGAGCCCAGCUUUGCCCAGUUUUCUCAGGAGAUUGGCCUUGCUUCUUUGGGAGCAUCUGAUGAAUCAGUUCAGAAACUGGCCACUUGUUAUUUUUUCACGGUGGAGUUUGGCCUAUGCAAACAAGAGGGGCAGCUGCGAGCCUAUGGAGCUGGUCUACUGUCAUCUAUCAGUGAGCUUAAGCAUGCACUUUCUGGUAAUGCAAGGAUAAUGCCUUUUGAUCCCAAAGUUACAUGCAAUCAAGAAUGCAUUAUCACAACAUUUCAGGAUGUCUACUUUGUGUCAAACAGUUUUGAAGAAGCCAAAGUCAAGAUGAGGGAAUUUGCCAAGACUAUUAAGCGCCCGUUCUCUGUGCGGUAUAACCCCUAUACCCAGAGUGUGGAUGUCCUCAAAGACACCACCAGCAUCAACAGUGUGGUGGAGGAGCUUCGACAUGAGCUCGAUAUUGUUGGAGAUGCCCUGAACCGGCUCAACAAGCAGCUUGGUGUCUGACCUGUUUUGAGAGAAAAGGUUUCUUUUCCAUCUGUCCACACUCCAGUGCUGUAGAAACUGCAUGUCCAUUUUCCUUUGUCACUACACUUGAUGUGCUCAGCUUGAAAAUAAG